AUGAAACAAACUAUUACAUCUACUUCAUUUUUGUCACCAUUCAAUGGUAAAACAAUUGUUCUCGAACUUGGUCGUGAAAUAGGCUUCAAAGCUAAACAAGAACUAAUCAAUUAUUUGCGAGAACAACAAGCACAUAUUUCAUAUAUUCUUACAGCUAGUACUGACUAUGUUUUGGUUACAAAGAGUGUAGAUAGCUAUAAGACACGUCGUGCUAAACAGCUCGGCUUGCCAUUGGUCAAUGUUGAAUAUAUCUACGAAUAUCGUCGUUUGCCGUCUGAUCAAACAUCACUCGAUAUUAGCAAAUUUAUCAUCAAAUCAGUUGAAGAUCAAGAAAAUUUUACGAAGACUGGGACUAUUUCCGUCACAGAAUCUCGAGCAAGCACGAGCAAAAUCAAUAAGUUCGAUUUGACUAAAAUCAAACUAUGGAAUUCGGAUGAUAUUGAUUUGCCUCGUUUCAAUGAAUUGACACAUUGUGAAAUUGGCAAAUGGGCCAUUUUCAAAGAAACUAACGAUAAUUCAGAUGUAUUUUUUGUUCUCGAACUUCAAGUUAUUCCCGAACAAUACUACGAUCAAACAACUAGUGAUUAUCGACUAAGAUUUCGAUACGAAAAACAGACGAUUGUUGGCGAAGGCCAAAAACAAGAUAAAAAAGUAUUGAUACAAUAUGCAUUUAGUGAUGAUCCAAACGAACAACAACACUUAUUUGCAUCAUACUAUUAUCGAAUAGCUACAAUGCCACGUGUAACAAGAAUUCGUGAAAUGUUACCUGAUAAAUUGGGAUCAAAAUUAUUAUUACGCUCAUUAUUUACUCAUCGUAUCGAUACACAAAUACUUGAUGAUAAUGUAUGUCAAUUGAUUGAAUCGAUUUGGUUAGAAUCGAUUGGUGAUCUGAAUAAAAUUUUGAGUGUAUCACCUGAAUCAAUCAAUCUUAAAACGAUCAUCGAAGCUGAAGCAGCACUGCUUGAACUCAAAUCGACCAAUGAUUCUGCUGCUGCACUUCGUUUCUAUUCACUUAUUCCUCAUCGACCACCGUACAACAUUGAUCUCAUAAAAAAUCGUCGAGCAUUAACCGAAAAAAUUGAUUUAUGUCAGAUGCUUCGAGAUAUGCUUACAGUCAACGAACUGACUAAUUGGAAUGUUAAAGCACCGAUCGAAGCCAAAUAUCGAGCAUUGAAAUGUCAUAUUGAAACAUUAGAUAGUUCAACACCCGCAUUUAAGAAUGUUGCCAAGUUCAUUCAAUCAUCGACUGACAAUGGUGAACAAAUUAUUAUUCAUCAUGUAUUCAGUGUGGCCAAACAGACAGAUGCACUCAAUUAUUGUACAUCACUAUCCCAUCAACAGCAAUUAUUUCAUGGAUCGAAAUAUGCUAACUUUCUUGGAAUUCUUUCACGUGGUUUAGCUAUGCCAAAAAUGGUAGUUGAAGAAUUGGGUAUCGUACGCACUGAUAUUGGUUGUCUUGGUUAUGGAAUUUACUUUUCUGAUUCUGCUUCUACAUCUCUAAAAUAUACGACAGCAAGCACAACACGACCAGGUCGACGAUUGUUGUGCAUCUGUCAAGUAGCACUAGGCGAAACGGCUAAUUAUUAUUCAUUUUCACCGACUCUCAUCAAACCUCCCGACGGUUUUCAUAGUACACAUGGAGUUAAACAGACGGAAGAAAAUCAUUCAAUGUUUACCGAUAAUGAAUAUGCAAUCUAUCAACUUGAUCAGCAACGUUUACUCUACAUUGUGGAAGUUUCGUGGGCACCAAACGAUACUCUCGACGUUAAAUUAGAACGAUUACCAAUUGUCCACUAUCAACAACAUGCGUUAAAAUUGAGUGAACAUGUCGAAGUUCCAUUGACAAUCGAUGAUGAAGUCAUUGAAAUAGCCGAACAAGAUUAUGGUUUAAUAUGCCCGUCGUCAGGAAAACUCGUUCCACUUAAAUCAUUUCAUAUUCGUGCUCAAAUUGUUGAUGCUACCGUUGAAGUUGUUCUUUAUCAAGUCUAUCAUAAUACGAGUUCAACACCGAUUGAAGCUAAAUAUGUAUUUCCUCUUGAUGAAAAUUCAACUGUAUGUGGUUUUGAAGCACAUAUUAACAAUAAAGUUAUUAAAGGUGUUGUCAAAGAAAAAGAACAAGCCAAACAAGAAUAUCGAGAAGCAAUUGAAAAGGGUCAUGGAGCAUAUUUGAUGCAUCAAGAACAAGCUCAAGUAUUCAGUGUAGCUGUUGGUAAUUUACCAGCAAAUAAUGAAGUCAUUAUUAAAAUAACUUAUGUUGCCGAAUUAGAAAUCGAAAAUGGUGAUAUCAUUUUUCGUCUUCCAGCUAAAAUGGCUUCAUGGCAAUCGAAACAAGCAAUCGAAAGCAAAGAUCAAUCAAUUGUACGAUCUAUCGAUAUUGUCGAUGAAAAAGUCGAAUUUAGUUUCAAAGCAUCAAUUCGAAUGCCAUAUGAAAUAAUUAAAUUAUUUUCACCAACACAUCGUCUUCGUCGAAAAUUAACCGAUUGUAUAGCCAUGAUCGAACUUGUCGAUAACGUCUUAAUUGAUCGAGAUUUUGUUCUUUCGAUAACACUUAAAAGUGCUAAUUUACCUCGAAUAUUAAAUGAAACAUUGUCAUUGAAUGAUGACAGUGGAACAACAACAACAACAACAACAUCAAACAAUUAUGAUUCUCAAGCAUGUAUGCUUACUUUUUAUCCACGAUUCGAAACAUUAACGAAUUCGAAUGAACAAGUUGAAAUUAUAUUUAUUGUCGAUGUAUCAAAUUCAAUGGAUGGUACGCAUGUACAACAAGCUAAACAAUUAGCUCAUUUGUUUCUUACAAAUUUGAAAGUUGACGAUGGAAAUACAUAUUUUAAUAUAGUUACUUUUGGAUCAGAUAAUGAUGAAUGUUUUCCGAUUGCAACGCCAACCACAAAAGAGAAUCUUGAUAAAGCCAAACAUUUUGUUCUCCAUUCACUUGUUCAUCGUGGUAAUACGGAUCUAUUUGCUGUUCUUCAUCGUUAUUCACUGUUACCAUCAUCCAAUUAUGGUCGUCAAUUCAUUCUUUUAUCCGAUGGCCAUAUACAUGAUCUCAAUUCGAUUCUUGCUUUACUCCAACAUCGAUCAACUAUGCGUCGUGAUCGCCUAUUUACAUGUGCGAUUGGUAAUAUUGCUAACAAGCAUGGUUUGAAACAGUUAGCAAAUGAAGCGAAUGGAGGUGGUCUAACAACAAUAUUCGAUUCAAACUAUCGAUCAAGAUGGAAAACAAAAGUGUUAAAUAUUCUUGAACAUGUUCGACAGCCAUGUGUUACAAGUAUAUCGAUCGAUUGGCAUGGUAGUUUAGAUAAAGAACAAAAAUUUAAUAUGCAAACACCAAAAAUCAUUCGAUCUUUAUUCAACGGAAUGCGACUUAGUGUCUAUCGAUUCAUACAAAAUUGUCAUAAGGCAACAUUGACAGCUACUAUCGAUGGACAAGAAUUUGUUACGACUGUAUUUAGUAGUCCGAUGACAACAACCAAAGGACGUAUUCUACACUGUUUAACUGCUCGAGCGAUUAUUGAUGAUUAUGACAAUGGACUAUUACAUGUAGACGAGAGCGAAAACGAACUAUUCAAAGUUCAAUAUAAACAAGAUCUCAUCGAUUUAAGCAUCAAACAUUCUGUCGUCAGUGCAUAUACUAGUUUUGUUGCCAUUGAAGAACGUGAUACCAAAAUGGAUACACAAACUCUUCAACCGGGUGUUCGUCUCCUUGACGUUAUGCUUGAUCGAGAUGUCGAUUUACUACCAUAUAUGCAAUGGGAUGGUGACCUAUCCAGUUUGACUUUGAUCAAACAAAAAUUGAUUGAUGCACGUAUUUCACUUCAAAAUGCAUCGAUUCAGAGUAAAAAAGAAUCGGUUACCGACAUUGAAAAACUAUGUGAAAAAAUCUCCUAUCGAGCAGGAGGUGAUGCGAAAUUUGAUAUGAUGAUGACCAUUAUACGUGCAUAUCGUUAUUCAUUGAAUGAACACGAAAAAGCCAAUCAACUCGAAGACAAAAUGCGAAAUGAUCUCAAGAAUGAAAUGGUUAGUGCAACGACUGAAGAACUACAAGCAUUACAACAACGAUGUCAAUCUAACAAUUUAAGAAUCACAAGUGAUGAAGAGUACGUAAAAGAAAAGGAUGGAAAUAUUUGA